UUCGUCGUCUCUAUACGGCUCUUGUCAACGCCGAACUUCUUCCUUUCCGAGAUGACCGUAGUCUCGAGAGAGGUGAAGAUAUAGAGGCCGACCUAGAGAGAGCAAUUCACCAGUCACGAAUUUCUGUAAUCGUGUUUUCGGAAGGGUACGCAGACUCCAGGUGGUGCCUAGAUGAGCUUGACAUGAUCCUAGAACGCAAGCACAAGUUCAAACAUGAUCAUGUCAUUUUACCAGUGUUCUAUGAUGUCGAUCCAUCUGAUUUUAGGAAGCAGACGGGAAGUGUUUCAUUGGAGAAACACAAGAGGACUGAAUCAUUGGAGAAGUUGAAAGCGUGGCGGGCAGCAUUUGAACAAGUAGCAAACCUCGCAGGGAUGGUCUUACAGAAACACGCUGAUCGGAGGCUUGAUUCUUUGUACGAGACAAGUUUCAUCAGAAACAUUGUUGAAGUGAUUAAAGAAAAGCUAUAUAUGGAUUAUAUACCUGGAUCAAGUAAUUAUGGUCUCGACCUGAUGAAUCACAUGAACCAAGAACAAGUAAUCAAAGGUCCGGAGGUUCAGAAUAGAUAUUUAUCUCUAUAUGGUUUUUGCUGCCUGGUGGGAAAACAUGACGAGAUCAAUGACUUAGUCUGUGGACUCGAUGAGACUGGCAAAUUACUGGAGAAACUGAUUAGCGGGUUAAAUUCACUACAACAAACUAACGAGCGGCUCUACAACAAAGUACCUAACCUUGGUGGCUCGUGGAAGCUGGCAACAAUUCUCAGGGAGUGGGAGGAUCAACUUGAAGAAGUCAUGGAUGGUUUUACAAAGCUGUCUCAGGAGAUGGGCGCUGAAGCGUCAAGGCUGUACUUAAUGGAUGAUCAAUGUAGGAAUAGUAGCACGAUUAGUUACGAACAUGUACAAAAGUGCCUCAGUGGUAUGCCAUGUCAUACUUCUCGUCGAGCAUCAAUAAACUCCAGGCUGGAGAAAAUUGUUGACGGACUAGACUCCCUUGUUAUAAAGCGAAAGUCUGAGGCUGCAGAACGAAGAAGAGUAGUGUCCCGUUUGGCAUGGCUACUGAUGAACGCUGUAAUGGGUUUCAUCACCAAUGCAUUUGAAUCAUUCUAA